ACCGUACAGGGGUAGAAAAAUAUGGAUUAACCCCUCCAAUACACCUUUACCGAUCGAGAAAAACCCAGAUUGAGUGGUCGUUAGUGCUCGUUGAGGGGUUUCGCGAAAAGGGGGGGUUUUUUAACGCUCGAGAUGGCUGAAGAACGACGGGGGUUCGACUCGUAAUCAUGUUUCUUCUCGGAGCCUGAUGCCCAUUCUUGCCACGUCUGUUGUCAUGGACACGGAGGACUAUCUGCACCCUGAGGACCCUCAGUUGGGGAGCCCGAAGUUCAGCGCUCCCAGUCCUCCUCUCCCAAGUUCCAUGGAGAAUCAGCUGUAUCCGUCUAACUCAUGGGCGUAUUCACAGCAAACUCAAUACAACCAGCACUAUCCUAUGCAAUCUGGGAGGCAGCUCCAGCCGAACCCGUCCUCUGUGAAUCUGGACCUCUCGGACAUAGACUUUCAUGACCUUGUGCGGAACGGAGACUUCUCCCAGGAUUUGCCAUGCAUAGAGGAGCUGUCCAACACAUCGCUGUUCUCCUCGCCAUCUGAAUCUCUGUUGGAGUAUCCAGACCCUUCAGGAUUUGGCACUGAAAGCCUGGCACAGUUACCCGCUGAGGGCACCGUGGCACAGAUGUGCUGGGAUACACCUGGACACAGUCAGAGACAGCAGAACCUGAGUGCGUUUCCGGGCAGGUUUGAUGACUUCAGCGCGAUCCUGUCCGCGUCAGUGGCGGGAUUUAAGCCCGCUCCUCCACCGCCACCCGAGGAAGAGGAGGAGGCGGACGAGGAAGAGACGGAGGAGUUGGGGCACGCGGACACGUACGCCGAAUACAAGCCAUCGAAAUCUACUAUUGGAAUCUCUCACCCUGACAUCGUAGUGGAGACCAACACACUGUCCAGCGUUCCUCCUCCUGACAUCACCUACACACUGUCCAUCCCAGACAGCACCAUUAACUCUGGCCUGCUCUCCGCCCUGCAGCUCGAGGCCAUCAUCUACGCCUGCCAGCAACACGAGGUGAUUCUUCAGAACGGUCAGCGAGCGGGUUUUCUGAUCGGAGACGGGGCUGGUGUCGGGAAGGGACGCACUGUGGCCGGAAUCAUCCUGGAGAACUUUUUAAAGGGAAGGAAGAGAGCACUAUGGUUCAGUGUGUCUAAUGAUCUGAAGUACGAUGCUGAGAGAGAUCUCAAGGACAUAGAAGCGCUCAACAUCCCUGUGUUUGCUUUAAAUAAGAUUAAAUACGGAGAUACGGCUACCUCAGAGGGCGUUCUUUUCGCCACAUACUCAGCGCUGAUCGGAGAGAGCCAGGCCGGCGGGCAGCACCGCACCAGACUCAAACAGAUCCUGGACUGGUGCAAACCCAACUUUGAUGGGGUCAUUGUGUUUGACGAGUGCCAUAAGGCUAAAAAUGCGACUUCCACCAAGAUGGGUAAAGCCGUCCUGGAUUUGCAGAGCAAACUCCCCCGGGCGAGAGUAGUGUACGCCAGUGCCACAGGUGCUUCUGAGCCAAAGAAUAUGAUCUACAUGAGCCGAUUGGGGAUCUGGGGGCAAGGAACACCGUUCAAGACCUUUGACGACUUCUUGCAUGCAAUUGAGAAGAGGGGUGUUGGUGCCAUGGAGAUUGUUGCCAUGGAUAUGAAAGUGAGUGGCAUGUAUAUUGCUCGGCAGCUGAGCUUUUCCGGCGUGUCCUUCCGGAUAGAGGAGAUUACACUGGACGAGGAGUUCAAACUGGUCUACAACAAAGCAGCUAGACUGUGGGCUGAGGCUCUGGAGUUGUUCACCCGAGCUGCAGACACGCUGGGUCUGGCCUCCCGGAAGUCUCUCUGGGGUCAGUUCUGGGCGUCACACCAGAGGUUUUUCAAGUACCUCUGCAUCGCCGCUAAAGUCCGUCGCCUGGUCGAGCUCGCUCAAAUUGAGAUGCAACACGGCAACUGCAUCGUGAUUGGCCUGCAGUCCACCGGAGAGGCUCGUACUCGAGAGGUCCUGGACGAGAACGAUGGACACCUGGACAGAUUCGUCUCCGCUGCUGAGGGUGUUUUCCAGUCAUUAGUGCAGAAACACUUCCCAACACAGAAACCCAAAAGAGAGAAAAGUGCCGCAAGCAAGAGGAAACGAAAGCCCAGAGGACGGACUGCAAAAUUUCCGAAGCACUGUGUGGAAGUGGGCGGGGUUAUUAAAAUCAGCGACGACUCCGACACCGACUCAGAUGAGCUCGACAGCGAAUCGAACUCCUCCCCUGAAUCACUACAGGACAAUGAUGAUGUGAUUUUCGUGAACCAAAUCAACGGGCCUGCUGCUAAACUAGAAGAACUCAAGCUGAGGCUGCUGGGUAAAAUAGCAGAGCUGGGCAAAGAGCUGCCACUCAACACUCUUGACGAGCUGAUUGACAGGUUUGGAGGACCAGAGAAGGUGUCAGAGAUGACGGGUCGAAAGGGACGUGUGGUGAGGCGUCCUGAUGGCAGCGUGCGAUAUGAGACCCGAGCGGAGCAGGGCCUGACCAUCGACCAUGUCAACGUCAGAGAGAAAGAGCGCUUCAUGACAGGAGAAAAGCUGAUAGCCAUCAUCUCUGAAGCGGCUAGUUCGGGUAUUUCUCUACAGGCGGACAAACGUGUGCAGAACCGCAGGAGAAGAGUUCACAUGACCUUAGAGCUGCCGUGGAGCGCAGACCGCGCCAUCCAGCAGUUCGGUCGAACACAUCGCUCAAAUCAGGUUACGGCUCCUGAGUAUAUCUUCCUCAUCUCUGAGCUGGCUGGAGAGAGACGCUUCGCCUCCAUCGUGGCCAAGAGAUUGGAGAGCCUGGGGGCGCUGACACACGGGGACCGACGAGCCACUGAAUCCAGAGAUCUGAGCCAGUACAACUUCGAGAACAAAUAUGGCACCAAAGCGUUGGAUAAGAUCACUAAAGCCAUCCUCGGGCACAUCGACAACAAAGUCCCUCCACCAAAGGGCUACCCAGGAGGAGACAUGUUCUUCAGGGAUAUGAAGAAAGGCAUGAUUGAUGUGGGGAUCUUCUGUAGGGAGCCGCGUCUGGGUCUGAAUACAGAGAAAGACUGCACCCUCACUAAGUUUCUGAACCGUAUUUUGGGUUUGGAGGUCCAUCAGCAGAACUUUCUGUUCCAGUACUUCACCGAUAACUUCGACUACCUGAUCAACAAGGACAAAAAAGAGGGGAAAUAUGACAUGGGGAUAUUGGAUCUUGCUCCUGGUAAUGAUGAGAUUCACGAGGAAACGCAGGAGAAGUUUCUAACUCCAGGAAACCCUCAGGAGGGCCAGGUCAUGCUCUAUAAGAUCAGUGUGGAUCGUGGGAUGCCCUGGGAAGAGGCCUGCAGUAAAGCGGAGAAACUCUCUGGAGAAUAUGAAGGGUUUUACCUCUCAAACAAGCUGCGUGGGAACCAGCCGUGUGUCCUGCUUGCAGAACAGGGUCGUGGUCGAAACCUCAUCCUGUAUAAACCCAACAUCGGUAAACAGGCCCAUCCCGAGAACCUGGACAACCUCCUCCUGAGAUACUACAAGGUGACACCUGAUGAAGCAAAGGAUUAUUGGGAAAGUCAAUUUGAGUUCUCCUUCAGCAGCUGCACCCAUGCCAAUUGGAAGGGUAAGUGUAAGCAGAUCGAGGAGGGCCAGGAGUGUUUUCUGGGGAUGCGUCUCAGGCAGUAUCACAUGCUGUGUGGAGCUUUGCUGAGGGUUUGGAAACGAGUGUCUGACAUAGUCUCGGACGUCACCAACUCCAGCAUCCUGCAGAUCGUACGACUCAAAACCAAACAGAACAGCAAACAAGUUGGUAUAAAAAUCCCAGAAAACUGUGUAUCCCGCGUGCGCGCCGAGCUCUCUCGGAUGGACGAGGAGGUGAAGAAAGCGCGGCGAGAGAGAGAGCGCUUCGCAAACGACCAGCGUAUUCGCCAAGAGAUGCUAGCCAAGAUGAUCAACGCCCGCAAGCUCGUCACCAACCCUCCCCACUCCCUCCCGAACCACCUUCACUACCCACAAUCCCGUCUGCCGCCCGCCGCCGAAGCGGUCAGCGAGGUCCUGGAUCUGACCAUCAGCCCCUGCCCUUCGCCGGACAUCAAACCACCCGCGUCAGAGCUAAACGGCGUGUCCCGAAACGGAGCGACGCAAUUCGGAAGAGCGCGUCCACUCGCGGUUCCUCCAGAGACGUACAACCUCGAAGAACUGAUUUCCCAGGAGCAGCAGAGACACCGACAAGUGCCGUUGAACUCGAACAUGCGCUUGUCAUCGGCGCAUGCAGCGUUGACCAUCCCGCAGCAACACGUUCACACACUAAAGCAGAAUCAUUCGUCGUUCGGGGUGCUGACGCAGCAAGGCGGCUCCCACGCGCAACCGUCCGCGCAAUACAGCGCGCUUUUAUCGCAGCUGCAGCGAAGCCACGAUAAAUCCUUCGUGCUGCGGCUUCUCAAUCAAAUGCAACAGCAAACCGUCACCUCAGCGCAACCGUCACACCAGAACAGUCAACGCAUGGCGCACUCGUCAAACUCGCACGUGCAGCUGUCAAAACCACACGCGCAGUUGCAACCCCUGCAGUCUGCUCACGAAAGAGCGCCCGCUGCAAACACUGACUUUAGUUUCGACGAUUUGGACUUUGGUUACCCGUCGCCCGACUCGCAACUCAAGUACCCGUUCACCCCACAAGCCCUGCCAUCCUCGACUCCGCCCCCUCCUCAUUACUCCUCCUCCCUUUUUGCAUCGGCUCCUCCAAACUCCUCCCUCUCUGACUCAAGCUCCUCCUCCUCGCACUUCACUCCGUCUUCUUCUUCAUCCGAACAGACGCAUCAAUUACCCAAUGGACACAGCAGUAUGGACCCCUUGGAGACACUAGAUCACAUGAUCCACGGAUCGUCCUCGGAUCACCGACAGUCCGUCAUCCAGUUUAAAUCAGUGGACUGGGACGCCACCUAGCGGCUCGCGCACUCAAACAGUUUUGUGUUUCUGUUCCCAAGUCAUUCUCAGUCCAUAAGCUAAGAGUUGCGUUCGGCUCAUUGACGUUCGAUGGAGGUGGUUUUAAAAUGGGCACUUGAAAUCCGUUUGGUUUUUAUUUGCCUUAUUUGAAGCAAUAGGGCUUUUCCACCCUCCAUUUCAUCACAUCAAACAUUGAGGUAAAAGAGAUAUUUAUUUAUUACGACGUUGGUGUAUACUGUUUCCUAUCUUAGGGAGUUUAUCUUUUCGAAUGAAUGCCUUCUGUUAAAUCAGUGCCUUUAUCUCCUUCAGAUGCAGUCUUGUGUGCGUACAUAUAUAUAUAUAUAUAUAUUUCUAGACAGAGUAGUGCUAUAUUAUUUAUUUCCUCCGGUGUCUAUCCUCUACCCAGAGAUCUGUGCUUCUUUGUAGGCGGCGUACGGACCCGAUCGCAUGAUUAUGAAACUGCUGUUUGACCCCUUAACCCUGUGUUUCUCCUUUUCAGUAAUCUGAACACAGGGUUCACAGAUUCGUUCACAAUAUCAUGGCUAUAGUGCAGAAUACUCGGCUUGUGUAAUUUCUCAGGUAUGUUAUAGACUCGUCACUGUCCGAAACAAAUGAUUAUUUUAUAAAAUAUGAUCGAUUGCGGAUGGGUCGUCAUCGUGAUCUUUGGGAAUCGGAAACCAAAUUAUUUAUUUGCAGAUCUAAAGCCCUGUAUGGACACACCAAGCCGACGUCACAGAACUAGCGCGUCGUCGGACGCGUCUCUGCGCUUAUUAAACACACCGAAAGGAGUAAAGGCGACUGUCAAUAGAGGGUAUGCGCGUGACGUCACCGUCGGCCUCUAGUUACUCACAGUGAGUGGCAAAAAGACUGAGCGGCUGUAUUUG